AAAAGAUCGAAUUUUCGCCCAGGCAACAGUUCGAAUGUUGUGUGGAAGAAAAUAAUGCUUGUGCUCGCGUAUGGACACCAGUGCCAGAUACGAUAGCUAGGUUUCACAUAAUAGGGAAUCAAGUGGUACUGUCUCAAAGACAGUAUGAGUAAUCCUUAUAGAGCCAGACCAACAAGGUCUAGGGUAGAUAACAACUUAGGAUAUGGAGGUCAGAAUCAAACUAUAUGGAACCCAGUGACAAGAGUGCAAUCAGAUGUAUCAUCGAAUGAUUCCGUGCAACAUCAAUCAUCAGGUGCAAAUCAAUCGAAACAAACACCUGAUCCUUGGAAUAAUUCAUGGAAUUGGGAUUUUGAUAAGCAAGCAGAUAAUCAACAACAGCAAUCAUCUCAACAGGAUCAGCAGCAUUAUGUACCACCGUAUAAAAAUCAAAGACAGCCGAUAUCUAAUUCCAUUCAGGAUCAUUAUUAUCAAAAUGUUAAUGGCACUAAAUCUGAUUUGAUUAAUCAGAAUUCUGUGUCAGAUGAGAAUACAUCUGGAACAGCUAGUAAUAGGCAACCAAUUUCAAAUCAUUCGGAUUCUGUUCCCCCUUAUUUGAAUUAUGUGCAAUACCACCAAUAUCCACCUCCACCUAGAACGAAUUCCGUGAAACCUGGGUCUUUAAAUUAUGAACACACUCAGUGGACAAACGAGCAACAGUCUCAAAAUACUCCGUAUACGCAACAAAGACCUACUAUGUUAAGUCAGCAGGACCAAGCAACACACCUUCCCUUAGCUAGUAGUAACUACAAUUGGCAUAAGCCUGAUCAGACAAAUGUGCUACCACCAAGUAAUUGGCAGAGCAAUGUGCCAGGUCAUUGGCAGGAUCCAAAAAUGGACAAAGAAGCACAAAGUUUUGAUGGUAUGGGUAAUCAGUGUACACCGCCUUUGCAACAAACUAGAUCAAAUCACCAUCUCCCACCUUCUAAUGAAAAUACCAACAAAGAACAUUCCAUAAACAAUGUAAACAAUUGGCCUAAUCAAAUGAAUGUUCCAGCUAGUCAAUGGAAUAGUCCAAAUUGUGAAUCUGUGUUACCCAGUCAAAGUCAACAAACACAAAAUUUCAGUGUUAACAAUGAUUUCAGUUCAUGGCCUCAAAUGACAAAUACAGACGUGUCGCAACAAUGGAAGCAGGCAGAUGAAUUGCAUUCUAAUCAGUGGAUACAAGAGCAACAAGAAAAUAAUAAUUUACCAGAUGAAAGUAUUGAACAAGAUAAUGCUGGUGUUACCCCUUUAAAUGAUUGGCAACAAAACCGUACACUCUCCUCUCAUCAUUCUUUACCUAACAUGCCUCCAACUCCAGAAUCUAGUACAGAACAAGAAGAAAGAAAGAAAUCUAUCCCUUCAUUAAUUCCAAAUUCCAUGGUCUCUAAAGAUUCCAACAUUCAUGCAAAAACAAAUGUCUCUAAACUACAACUACUUGACUCUCAUCUUAAUGUGUCUGCUACUCCUGAAACUAUACCCACUGUUGCAAGUUCAGAAAGUGUUUCUUUACAAGAGAAUAACGAGUUAAAUGUAACAGCUGAUUUGUUAGAAUGGGGAAAGAAUAAUUCAUCGGAGGAAUUACCUGCAAAGUUAGAACAGAUGAGCCUUGGUUCUAAGCUAAGCCAACAUCUAGAAAAUCAAACCGAGCCAUCGGAGACACUAAAUCCUGUUAUAUCUGGAGAUGUAUGGAAUCAAAGUACAGUUGCUCAUGUUGCUACUUCUGAUAAUAUAUCAGGGCUAUCUUCAGAUUAUACUGUGCCUAGUACAGAGAACUCCCAUUCCACUGAUAAUCAAGCUAUUGUCAAUCAAGAACAAUCUGCACACAGUACGUAUCAGGUGACAAGUGUUAAGCCUAUAGAUAAUGUAGCACAAACUGGAUAUGAUCAAUGGUAUAAUCAGAAUACAUUACCACGUGCCUCAGAGAACACGUGGUACUCGAAAGACCAUUCUAGGCCCGCUAAGGAAUGGAGUGUUGAACAAAACGUAGAAAAUUAUGAGAAUAUUCAACAGCCUACGGAAUUCGUGAAUUUGGAAGUAGUUACGCCGUCAUUGCAGGAACGCGAUUUAUACGGCUCGAGGGAUUCCAUAAAUAAGGAAACUCUAGAUAACGAUCCAAAACCGGUUAUUAAUCCUGUUAAAGAAGUAGUUAAUGCGCGUGAUUUUCGGCAAGAAGUGAAUAAUAUCGAAGUACCUUCUGCUCAGCAGGCAACACGAUCUCAUCCAACACUUCAGCCCGAACAGAUGGUUUCGCAGGUACCGGAUAAUUACGAGUUUGCAUCAAACGAUAGGAAUACGUUCUUAGAAACUGGAGAAUUGACCGAUUCUCAUCAAGAGCAUGAACCAACACCACCGAGCCAGGACGAGGAAAACGACGAAGUGCCUAACGAUAUUCCCUUUUUACGCGAAGUACCGGGCCAAUCAAGUUCCAUAGAUCCACGCAGGAAUGAUCCAACGGGACAGGAACAGUAUGUUCAAACUGCUCAAAGACUACCAGAUCCAAGAAGAAACGAUCCUUCCGGUCAAGAGCAGGGCCUUCAACUACGGAAUAUGCCUGAGAGAUCUGAACGUCGUGACGUCCCUCCUGGUCAGGAGAGAACCGUUUCCGUACUUUCACGAUCAGAUUCAGAUACAUUGGAACGUCGAAACGAUCCUUCUGGUAGAGAACGAUCUUUGCCUCCACAGCAGUCACGAAACGAUCCUUCUGGAGAAGAAAGACAUCAAUCCCAGGCUCAAAUCAUGUUAGAAUCUAGCGAAAUACGGGAAGUUCCUGGUAGAGGCAAUGAACCAGAAGAUCCUAGUCAGCAGACUGACGAAAACCUUAGGCAAAUACCGGGCGGUGCAUCUCCUAAUGAAGCCGCUCAAUCUUCGGACGAUAGACCCAAUGGAAGAGUAGUUACAGGUUCACAAGAACUUCCAUCUGCAGGCUCUGCGUUACCAGAUCAAGCCAGCGAUUCGAGAAGUAAACGCGAGGAAGCUGUUGGUGCAUCGAUACGCGAGGGUCAAGGAGUUUCUGGUUCACUGAAUCGUCGGGAUUCGUAUGAAGACGAGGACGACGAAGGGUCUGGUAAUAGCAGAGACGGUAGCAGAGAGAGACGGCGCGACAGUAGUUCAGAACGGCGGCGAUACGAAUACGAACGGAAAAAUGCCUAUUACGAUCGUGAACGUGAAUACGACGACGAUUAUUAUUACGAUCGUCGUCGUGGCGGCGAGAACGACCGAUCAUACAACGCCCGCGACGAAUUCGAUCGUCGAGAGAUGCCCUACAGAGAAGACGAUCGUAAACACCACAGUCGGGAUGAUUUAGACAGACAUAUCAGAGAGGAGGUGGAAAGAAGGAGCAGAACUAAAGACGAUUUGGAUGAAAGGGACGGUCGAAGAAGGGUUGAUGAUCGUAGAAAGGACAGGCCUGAUGACGUACGUCGUAGGGAGAGAGAAGUUCGGGAUUACGAUCCACGUUAUCCUAGAGAUCGGGAUUAUCUUGAUCGUGAUAGAAGGAGAGAAGACAGACGACCAAGACGAUACGACGAUUACGAUGUCAGAGAUCCGUACUACGAUGAUCCUUAUAGUAGAGGAUCUAGACCGUCCAGUAGGUCUUCUUACAAUGAUAGGGAUCGAGCAUACUACUCGCGAUCCAGAGAUCCUUAUUACGGUUAUAACGGUUAUCCUGGGUAUGAUUAUGGUAGUCAUUAUGCCAAUAAUUACUACGCAUACAUAGAGAAUUUACGACGUACCAAUCCUGCUGCUUACUCAGAAUGGUAUCACAAGUACUAUGCUAAUCAACAACAGCAACAUAUUUCUCGCGGUGUUACCAAUUAUCCAGAAGAUAGGGCGAGCGUUCAUUCAGGGCGUAGCUCGUGCGAUGAUAGAACAACUGGUGAUAAACGAACAUUAGGCGACAUGUCUUUGCUCGAAGAUUCGACGAACGCUUCGGCAAGAAUGACGCCGACUAAAUAUUCCAUUUCCCAUGCAUACGGAUGUUUUUCAAUUGGAUCCUUGGUACACGUGCUUCCGUCUUAUCCGACUGAUGGUGAAAGAGCUAAGGUGGACAUACUUAGACUAGACAACCUACUUUUACAUGACCCAGUAACGCGCGAUUUACGAGCAUACCCUGGGCCUUUGAUUAAGCAAGUGGGUGUCACUCAUAAAAAGACCAUUAUCGAGUAUUGUGAGAAUAAAAUUAAAAAAGCUGCGUCAAACGACGAGAUGACUGAUCAUGCUUCGUACAUACUUUUGUACGAGCUAAUGAUUAUGCUGAUUCAACAGAAUGGCAAUGUGGUCGGUGUCGACAUAGCGGCGUUACUCCUUAGAAACACAGAGGCAUACCCAUAUGACACGAACAAGCAAAAAUCGCAGGAUCUAGGCAGACGAGAAUCAGUAAUAUCACAGAGAUCUGGAUUGGGUGGAGAUGGAUUACAGAGUACUCAAGAUGGUGCGGUAGUUUCUGAAAACGUUGAAAGUAAACCACGGAAAAGUAUCGAGGAAAUAACAGACGAAUUUCGAAACACCUUGUUGUACGGUUUAGUUCAAGAAGCGCUGGAAUAUGCGAUGAACGAGGGACUUUGGGGUCACGCACUUUUUUUGGCUAGCAAAUUGGACAAACGUACUCAUGCGUCUGUGAUGACACGUUUCGCAAAUAGUUUACCGUACCACGAUCCAUUGCAAACUUUAUAUCAGUUGCAUUCUGGUCGCGUGCCUGCUGUUGUCACUAGCAUCUCGGAUCCUCGAUGGGACGACUGGAGACCUCAUUUAGCUAUGAUUAUAUCGAACACGUCUGCUAAUCCUGAAAUUAAUCGUCGUUCGAUCACAACUCUCGGGGACACGCUAUCCACGCGGGGAGAUAUUCAUGCCGCUCACUUUUGUUAUAUCCUCGCACAAAUCGAUUUCGGUGCCUAUGGAGCGAAUAACGUGAAACUCGUAUUGAUCGGCGCAAAUCAUCAUAAACCGUACAACACAUUCCUCACAACGGAAGCGAUUAUGCUUACGGAAAUAUACGAGUACGCUAGAAACCUCAGCGAGCCAGGAUUUACGUUGGUGGAUCUGCAAACCUUUAAGUUUGAUCUGGCGACGAAAAUGGCGGAUCACGGAUUAAUAGAGAAAGCCUUGUUGUACAUAGAACAAAUAGCGGUAAAUAUUGUCAAUGAACCGUCGAAGUAUAAAAAGUCGUUUAUCAGUGCAGUGUAUAACCUGGGAGACAGGAUUAAAUAUCAUGAUCCAGUCUACAAGGAUUCUACCGAAGAAACUAUAACUUUAACUUGGUUCAAUAAUUUAGCAGAAAUUGUUGGUAAAUGCUAUUCAGGAGAAAUAGUUGAGAGUGAUUCUCACGGAUCACAAAUGAAAGAGUCGUACAAUAGUGUGCAAAAUCAAGAAAUGUAUGAAAUGAAGCAACAGCAGCAGCAAUCACAACAUUGGAAUCCGACUCAACCGGACUACAGGGAAGGGCCAACGUCGAUGAUGGAGGUACCCUCUACCGAUGUGCAAUCAGAAUGGCAACCAUUAUCUUUACCAUCUAAUAUACCGGAUACGUACGAUCAAACUGUCCAAUAUACGAGAAACAACGAGGAAUCUUACCAGCAGUUGCAGCAACAAGAGUAUUGGAACCAAGACUCUUAUUAUCAUAAUAACUAUGGAAGGAAUGAUAGCACUCUUACGAAUUGGCAGCAACAAACAACUCAUGUCCCAUAUUCUUCGGAACAAGGUGACAUCGACAAUUCUCAGCAACAGGAAAAAUGGAACAGUGAGCCACAGCAGCCGGCGAUUUCAAUGACACCGUCGACACGGAAACAGUACGAUCCGUUGGAAGAAUUGGACGCAUUGGAGACACCAAAACAGUCUUCGAGAUCCGCAGCAUCGAAUAAGAAGACUUCAGAAAAACCGACCGAGAAGAAAUCCUCGAAUAGUGGAGGUUCCUGGUUUGGCGGCCUUUUCAGUAAACUUGCUCCAAAGCCUAAGAACCAGAUGAUCCUACCGGAUGACAAUAAUCCUACGAUUGUUUGGGAUCCUGUUGCGAAAAAGUGGAUGAACAAGGAUGAAGAUGGGGACACUAGUUCUGCAACGUUAGCUCCUCCUCCGAAAGCUUCUGACAUGGGAUUCAGAGCACCUGUAAUGGAACAGUCCUCUCAACCACCUCAACCACCCUCUCAGACCGAUGAAUCCGGUGUGAAUAAAUUUAAAUUACCGAAAGUCAGGAGUAUGCGUGCGAAUUACAUAGAUGUGAUGAAUCCAGGCGGCUCAAAAAACAGUACAGGCUCUUCAAGCAUACCGACUCCAGUAACGUCUCCAAUGGUACCUAUGGCAACUUCUUCACCACAAUUAUUCAUUCCUGCACCAGUCGAUGGCCCAAAUGCUCCUGUGGCCUUCUUAACACCCACGUCGGCAUCAGUUGCACCUUCCGCAAACGUUUCCGAAAAUCCAUCUCAAGGGCUCUCUCGAUGGAGCUCAACCAGCUCGUUAUCGCGAGAGGUGCAGAGCUACACUAUGAGGGAUCCGCGUCUCCUCCCAAGGAACAAGGCACCAAUGAUGUACAACCCGAGUGAUAUGAAGGAUCAUUCAGCGAAGAACAUGCAACCGAGUCGGUAUCCUCCACGAUAGAAUACGGAAGGGGUUUCACGACUAGCUUGUUGAUCAGAGGAGACGAUUUUUUGUUACCCUGGAAUCAUGUGACUUGCACGAAUCAGCGGUUUGUAAAGCUCACGCGGGCAAAGAUACUUCGGAAUAAGUAUGAAAGCAAUGGUAGACACGCUAUUCGUUUCUUUAGUUGAGUGUACACAAAAUUUUCAGUUACGAUUUUAUUUGGAUUUACUUUUGUUUAGCCUAGAGCGAAUGCAAUAGUUUACAAUUUUAAGUGAACUAUUGCUUACAAAAUAAUACAAUGGGUCUCGGAAAUACUGCAGUAUCAUAAAGGACAUCCUUUCACUACACCAAAACAAUUAUCCGCUUGUAUUAUUUAGAUGUACUUUACAUUUCUCGUUUAAUUGAACUUCAUUAACAAUACACAGGGUACCGUUUUAUAUGUUCAGUUUUUUCACGGACUGUGUUCGCGGACUCGACUAGAAAUGUUUUGAAAAAAUCCUGGAUAUUGUUAUUACACUGCAGCCCGUACGAUUUAACCUAUUCGUGGAAUGUUGUAGUGAGUGGAUUGAUUCAGAUUACUAAACCGUUUUGGUAGAGUUUUUGAAUUUCAUACCGUUCUGUCGCAUCCCGUAAAGCGCCCAGAAUUGCAAUAGCCAAGAGACAUGGGAAAGAACAUGCGUUACACCGAAUGAUCGCGAUUGAGAAAAGCGUUAAUUAUAACAGAUAUAAUGUCGAUCCUAUCGUUUAAAUCACGAGAUUGUGUUGCACAUCCCAAGUACACGAUACGAUAUCAAGUCUGAUUUUAUACGCUGGUGAAGAACAAUUAUUGCAUAUAAAAUGAAACGAAUAUCGGUAAUGUAAGGAAUGUUAGGUAUAUAAAAAUUUUAUGGAUCCCAUUGUUAGGUGACGUGUAAUGCAGGUACUGUUAUUAACUAUCAGGCUAUUGUAUCAUUAUACCAAGGUUGUACCAAUAAGAAGCGUAACUGCCAUCUAUCCAUUUGAAUUCGGAAAAUUGGUGAAAUGCUUAAUUGUCCUAUAUCUUUCUGUUUGAAUUACGAUAUGAGCACAGUUUCGAAUCUUUGCCUCUGAAUGUAGAGUCUUUUCCUAGCGUUCGAACUAGAGAACC